AUGAGCGAGUUUCGGCUAGGUGCAGCACCGGUGCACAUGGCCGAGGAGAGGGCGCAAGCAGCCAAGAGGCUAGUAGACCGAGUACUGCAGGCUCAUGGCAGUGUACUGGGAAGGCACAAGUACCUGGAAAUUUUGCAGUUGCAAAGCGGCCUCUGCGACUCAGAGCUAGACCGCAAGAAGCAGCAGCUGAUGUUGUUGCUUCAUCCCGAUAAGGUGGAUGAUGUGGUCGCCAAGCUGUGUGGUGGACGGCAGCGGGUCAGGCAGGCAUUCAAUCUCGUCGAAGCUGCUUUCAAUGAUGCCCAGAUGUGGCUUUGUUCGGGACCGCCCACACAGGCGCAGCAAGUACAGGACGAUGCUGGAGAUGAGGCAAACUUGAGGUACAGGCUGUGGGAAGUGACGUUGGAAUCAGAGCGAAAAGCAUGGACGCUGCUGGAGGAUCUUCAGAAGGACAGCCAAGCAAGUUUGCAUGGUUUUGUGGAAGCUGAGGCACCGGAGCAGCAGCAGCAAUUGUGUCGGGAAGAAGCACGCCGAACGUGUACACGCGCACAGGCGCGCACAGAACUGCUGGACAGAAAGCUGAAGAAUCAGGCGGGGAUUCAACAGAUGCAGCAGCAGGCACAUCAGAAGCUACAAAAGGACCUGGACGAGAACCAGCAAAACAAGCAGCAGGAGGCGGCAACGACACGGAGGCAAAAUCCGCUGUCACAGCAGCAUCCGGAAUCUAGUCGGAAGAAGAAGGGGAAGGAAGACGAAACUGCACGGCAGGUGGUAGAGCCAAACCAGCAAGAAGUAGUAUGCAAAGUGAAGCAAGAGGAGAGGCGACGAACCCCAAAGCAGAAGAACAACAAGUGCGAGAGCAAGCUGCAAGAUGCGUUGCGGAUGCAAGUGGAGGAAAUGCAGAAGUUGCAAGCAGAGGCCCAAAGCAAGGAGAUGACGUCACAACCGAUCUCAAAGGAUGUUGAUGGCCGGCCUCAAAAGUGGCUCAAGCUAUCCGCCGCGGAUCUUGAUUGCAACGAAGUUCCACAUCGGCAGGGUGCAGCACAACUUCCUUCCUCAGCGAGUCAUGGAAACUCAGAGAGGGCGAUGUCAUCGAAAAGGGAGACGGGGACAUCUGCGAGCCGGUUGCUCAUCGGGCAAGUGGCCGAUGUUUUGCAGAGCUGUGCGGCCGCGAGCGGGGAAGCCUGGUCGGGCGUGAUGGUUGGUGAGUUUUGUGAUCACUUCCAGCAGCUCUUGGGAGUUUCCAUCAAGGAUUCCUUGAUUCAAGCUGGUGAUUCCAACAUUCUCAGCUUCUUCCGCAAGUGGCCGAAGAGCGUGGAGGUGUUCAUGGACACAGACUCUUGCAGCUGGAUGGUGCGCCUGUCUGUGAGCAAGCUGCAAGCCUUCCCUCCCAGUCGCAGCAGUUGA